AUAUAGAAUGGGACUCAAAUAAAAAAAAAUUUAUAGGAUGGGACAACUAAAAUUUUAAAAAAAUUAAUAAAAUGGGUCAGAUCAGCGGCCCUUUUCCAAGGUUCCUCUCUCCAUUUCAACUCCAACACUCACCAAGAGGUAGCGCAGGCGUAGCUUCUACAUUCUCCCCUCCCUCUGCUCUCCGCCCUCAGCUCUCCUCUUACUAAGGCAUGGAAACUGCUGUGGCUCCCACUAUAGAAACUGUCCGAGACUAUGAUGUCUAGCUAUUCAACCGCUAGGACUUCGACGUUGAGGUGCGUUAUAUAAUUGUUCAUGGCUUGAUAGGAUAAUGUUGUGUGGUUAUUAUGUUGAUGAUUGAUUUAUAGUCCCAAUGGUUCAUUCUGCUAAUGUUAUAUAGUUAUUUUAAAUUUGUUGCAAAAAUACAUUUUGUAAAUGGUU